AUGAGACAUAGCCAGAGUGUCCAUCAGCUGUUUGAUAAUGCAAAGGGGGCAAAAGCUCUUACCCAAGGCAGGACAGGGACGAGGACACCUACAUACAUCCAUAGACUGGCCCUGGACAGUGUUGUCACCAGCAAAGGCAGUCUCAUUCUGCUAAAUGGACCUAAUGCUAUCGAAGUUCAAAAGCCCAGGAAAUUAAGCCAGCUGGUGAAUAGAGACCUGCUGACUGAUGUUUACCUGCCAGCUAUCACUAAGAAGACGACCAACCUACAAACAGCGAAAGUAAAUCUCAGUCAUUCCUGUCCAUAUGUGUACAACAGCAGACGCCGCAGAUCCACCUCCUCUGUCAUCUCACAAAGAGCCUCAGACUUCAAUCUUCAAACGAAUUAUCUAAAGGAGCAAAAAGAGUCAAGGAAGUCUAAUGUCUUAGUGACGAUGCUGUACCUGGGCCAUGGAAAGCCUCAGACCACCCAGGAUGACAUGAAAGUGCUUCAACAGAAAUGUGGAGGGGAGAACAUCUGUGUCUUUAAAGGAUCUGUUCAGCCUGGAGAGCAGUUCCAGUUUAUUUCUCAAAGACACCUUGGCUACCCAUUUAGUGCCACCUUUUACGUCAAUGGAAUAAUGGCCGGGAGAAUAAGCUCGUGCUGUGAGUAUCGUUACACCCCUGGCUUUCAGCAAGGCCGCAAGAGCUGUUUUAGACUGGUUCGACUCAGUGGUGGGAAACCCUGCUAUAAAUGUGUGAAUUCUAGACAUGGUAUUGGCAAUGAACCAGAAGAUAUUAUUCAUCACAAUAUUGAAACCCUCAAAUCUCAAAAAGGUGAUGUAGAGUCUUGUCCUUCCUCCCCUUUGUUUAUCCCUACUGGACUGGAGAGAUUUGUACAGAGAACAAGAAAGCUUCACAAAGAUGCAAGCAAAGAGCUAACAGAUAGUGAAGACAUGAAUGAGAGCAUGACAGACAGGAAACGACACAAGCGACAGAAGAGACGUUAUGCACGACUAAGAGACAGCAAGGGCUCUGAGGAAUCUCAAGACAAAAAAGACACCAAAGAGGAUGAAGCCAUUUCAGUUGUCUUGGAAAGCCCAAAACCUCAUCUGGAAAAAUCUAAAAAGACGAUGGAAAAUGGCAAAGAGAAGCCAAAGACCAGCAAUAAAGACAGCAUCCUAGAUUUAUUGCAGGACAGAGAAACCCUGAGUAAGCAAAUUGGAAAGAAAAAGCUAGAUCCUCGGGAAUCAAAUGGCGAAAGCAGAAAUGGGGAUAGACUAAGAGACUUCUAUGAAGAAUGUGUUGAAAUGAGCACUGGUCUGGAAUCAGGCCUAGAACAACACAAGUGGUUCAAGGCAAACAAGAUUGAGAGAAAUAAGCUCAGAGAGCAGCUUAUUUUAGAUCCCCAUGCUAAUGACUCAGCUACUGAGCUGGAACUCAGUGAAGAGAGUGAUAACAGUGGCUUCCGUUCAAAGUCAGGGAAGCCCAAGACUGAUCUAAAAAGCCAAGAGAUCCAAGAGAGUGAUGCAACUGAGAAAAAACAAGAACUGCAAAAAAAGCUGGAUGCUAUGAUGGAGGUGCUGAAUACAUCAGACGAAGUGGAGCUGGUGCUGAGAAAUACAGGUGUAACAGAUGAACUGCUAAAGGGUUUUGUGUCAGCACUAAAGAACAGUCAAUCUGAGAUCACCCUGGUCAACCUCAAUCUCAACCAUAUUGGACCUCAAGGAGUUCAUGCAUUACUGGACCUUCUACAUGCCAAAUCAGAGAUCAAGGGACUACUAUUGUUUGGAAAUCAUCUAGGUGAUGUGGGCGUUCAGGUUCUGCUUAGUGGUGUGGCUGAUCUUCAAGAAAAAACAGCAGCAUCACCAGGAAUACCAGCAUAUCCAAAACAAUUCUAUUAUUCUGAACCAAGCUUUGCACUCAUAGAACUGGACUUGGGUGGAAAUGGGAUCGGCAGUGAGGGACUGAGAGUAUUAGGCACCUUCAUAAGGUAUCACUCCCGGCUGCAAUAUCUGGGCCUGGCCCAAACAUGUUGCUCCAGCAUGGAGGCCUGGUAUGUCUUCUUUGAAAGUCUGAAGGUUAACAAUAAGCUAACCCACAUCAUUCUAGAUGAGAACAACCUGGGAGACCAAGGGGUUAAAUUAUUUGCUGAGGCUCUGCAAAUCAAUGAAGGCUUGCAGAAAAUAGACUUAGACCGUAAUAAUUUUGGGGAGGUGGGAGGAAAUGCUCUACUCGAAGCUCUCUCAAGCGGCCAGUGCUCUCUUCAGCACUUAAGCUUAGAGGAUAACUAUAUCAGUACAGUGCUGAUGAGCAAAUUUCAAGAAGUGAUCAAGACUAGUGGUGUACAUACUACAUUAAAAGGCAGCCUUUGAAGGAGCCCAAUUCUUAGCCUCACCAAAACGGGAAGAUAAACAUCUUGGUGACCUGUGUGUGGGUGGCUUCUCACAAUUCCAAAUUAAUUGCUUUAUGCAUUCAGAGUUCCAUCUGCUUGACUGUUCAAUAUAAACUUGGCCCAUGAAUGCAAAUGUUCAUAGAAAUAUUUGCCUCAGCUCUUGUGGGGUUUUUGCGUCUGUCUCAGUUGGAAGCUCGUAUUAACAUAUUUUUUAAGUCAAUAAUUUUGUCUGUAAUCCUACAACUGUGAAAUUUUAAGAAAGGGGAAAAAAAAGAAAAGGAAAAUUUUUUGUGAUCCAGAGAUCUCAUUUACUAAGGAAUUUAUUUUACAUCUCCUGAACUGAACGUGAGUAUUGGUUUUGUGCUUACCAUGAUGUUUUUAAAAUGAUUUUAUUGAAGAAUUUAGUGCAUAUUUACUUCCUUUUUUAAAUUCUAGUUGGGAUCUUUUAGUGUAAUUGCCCAAACAUGAAGUUCAUAUACACAUCAUAUUAUUAAUAAAGCAUUUUAGGAAAUAAAACUAUUGCAUAUACACUGAUCAGCCAUAACAUUAUGACAACUGAGAGGGGAACUGAACAACACUCAUCGCCAGCUAUAUACACCAGCAAACUGGUGACAGGAUCUUGAGCACCCAAGGCUUACCCAUGCUCGGGGGGAAAAUUCCCCAGACCCCACAGACACCACAGCACACCAUCAGAGUACUUGCAGGGCCUGUACAGUCAUUAAUUUAAUAAAUAAUACACAAAUAACGUUACUUUUUUUUUCAGUUUUUUCUCAUCUUCCAAAAAAAUACCAGUAGGUGGAUCAACCA